UCUGAAUUUCAUUAGAGUUCGAAUAAAUCAAGCAUGAAAAAUACCCGUAACAAAUAUGCUUGUCUGACCAACAUAAAGAUGAUUCUCUUCCCAUUCUACCUCUUCUUAAUAAUCUUCCACAAUUUUGCUUAUGGUAAGCCACUUCCUUACCAUCUCGUGGAGAACAUAGCCCUUGCUUGUGGCUCUACUGGAAAAAACACCACAACACCCGAUGGACGAAGCUGGGACGGAGACGACAACAACUCAAUUUUUUUUCACACAUUAGAAGGCCAAAAUAAUGCAUCAGUUGGCUUACCAUCGGAUCUUAACCAAAGAGUUGAGGAUCCUUACAAAACGGCACGUCUCUCACAUUCUGAAAUCAAGUACACCAUACCGGUGGUUUCCGGACCGAAGUUCAUUCGUCUGCACUUCUACGCAUCACAGUACGGAAAAUUCGACCCCUCCAAAGCCUUCUUCACCGUAAAAGCCGGACAAUACACUCUACUGAGAUACUUUAGCACUUCUUUUUCUUCAGAGGACAUAAUAGUCAAAGAAUUCUGUGUAACCGUGGAACAUUCAAAUUUGACCGUAACUUUUGCUCCGGAUUUUUCAAACCGAGAGGCGUUCGCUUUUGUCAACGGACUUGAAGUCGUAUCGAUGCCCGUCGAUCUCUAUUUCUGGAACCAAAAAACAGCAGGCAGCCUUAAAAUUAUUGGACAAGAUGGCUUGUACUACUUUAAUAACCACACCGCUCUAGAAACUGUGUAUCGACUAAAUGUUGGUGGACGAGAGAUCCCUCCAUCCCAGGACACUACCGGUUUCUACCGCAAAUGGGAGGGUAUCGGAAGCGAAAACGACUACCUGACAAAGGAAGCAUGGAGGAGUACUGAACCUGUACUUCAGGCCAAUAUCAACCUUCGUUUCACAGCUAUUGAAGAUUUCAUCGCACCUGAAGACGUUUACAGAACUGCUCGGUCAAUGGGGGCUGAUAAAAAUGCAAAUAAGAAAUACAACCUAACUUGGGAAUUCCCUGUAGAUUCCGGAUUUCAAUACAUGGUAAGGUUGCACUUUUGUGAGAUUGUAGCGGUCAUGAACGAAACCGGCUACCGGCUUUUUUCAAUUUUCAUAUCAAAUCAAACCGCAGAAAAGCCUUUCGACGUGAUCCGGUGGAGUGGUGGUAUAUACGUUCCAUAUUAUAAAGAUUACAUUGUUUUAAUGGAUAUACCAAAGAAGAAGAAACUAAACCUCUCCAUUGCACUGCAAGCAAACCCAGAUGAUACGAUGACUCUCUUCACUGAUGCCAUCUUGAAUGGCGUGGAAAUUUUCAAAUUAAGCGACUUCAACGGAAAUCUCGCCGGUCUGAAUCCUGACCUUGUUCCGCAGGCGAAGCAACCAAACCAACCAUUUCGGAAGUUGGGAAAUCAUCUAGCAAAGAUUAUUGGUAUUUCCAUUGGUGUAGUUUGCUGCGUUGUCUUGCUCUGCGUAAUUGGAUACCUAUUUCUCCGGCAAGGUAGAAAAUUCAAAAGCUCAGGGCGCAAUUCCUUCUCCAGUACCAAGUCAAGCAAGACCGGAGAAUCAUCAUUGCCAUUUGAUCGGUGUCGUUACUUUUCAUUGGCUGAGAUCAUAGACGCCACAAACAACUUCGAAGAUAGUUUCAUUAUUGGGGUUGGAGGAUUUGGAAACGUGUAUAAAGGGCACGUCAACAAUGGGACCUUCCCAGUUGCCAUCAAGCGGCUGAAACCCGAGUCAUCACAAGGGGUCCACGAGUUCAAGACUGAGAUCGAGACGCUCUCCCAUCUUCGCCAUCGCCACCUAGUUUCUCUGAUCGGCUACUGCAACGAAGGUCGCGAGAUGAUUCUCGUGUACGAAUACAUGGCCAAUGGGACCCUCCGUGACCAUCUCUACAACACUGGAAACCCACCUCUUUCCUGGAAACAACGACUCGAGAUUUGUAUUGGAGCAGCUCAUGGAUUGCACCAUCUCCACACAGGGACAAAGUACACAAUUAUCCAUCGUGACGUCAAAACUACAAAUAUCCUGCUGGAUGAAAAAUGGGUGGCCAAGGUUUCAGACUUUGGUUUGUCAAAAACAGGCUCCGCUAACAUGUCCAAAGGCUACCUCACCACAGUUGUCAAGGGCAGUGUUGGUUAUUUGGAUCCGGAAUACUACAAGCGUCAACAGCUGACAGAAAAGUCCGACGUUUACUCAUUUGGUAUUGUCUUGUGCGAAGUCCUAUGUGGUAGGCAACCUAUAGUAAGGACAGCAGAGAAGGGACAAGUGAGCCUUGCCGAAUGGGUACAGAGUUGCUAUCAGAAAGGAACACUCCGUGAGAUUAUUGACCCAUAUUUGACGAGUAAUAUUGUACCAGAAUGCUUGAAGAAAUAUGGUGAGUUAGCAGUGCAAUGUAUGCUGGAUAACGGGACCGAAAGACCGUCAAUGAAGGACAUCGUGUGGAGCCUUGAGUUUGCAAUGCAGUUACAGCAGAAUGCGGAGGGCAACGGCGCUAUUGGUGAGAACAUAGUGAAAACAAUGGCUGAGGAAGAGGUGACUCUCUUGAAAAAUUAUAGCAACGACAGCGAUGGGUCGUCUAUUUGUAGCUGGGCAUACACAACUGAGUCAAAAUGCAGUGCCAUGACUAAAAUGAUCAGUAGUAGCCAGCAGGGUUCUACUGGAGACGAUUCAAGAAAAGGAAUGUCUGAGACUGUGUUCUCCGAGAUAACUGAUUAUCCGAAUGGGAGAUAAUUAGAUAAAUGAACGAAUGUCUUAUGUGGUCUGAUCAAAGACCAAUUGAAAGAAGAACGAUUAUAGUGCAUGGUAAUUAGGGUUAGACAUUUUUUACUCAACACGAUGACACAAAUCGAAAAUGACACAAAAUAAAUGGGUUUGGAUGACACUUUUAAUAACCUUGUCAUAUUUGUGUUUGAGUUUUUUGCAUGUUUAAUAAUUGCAGCGUAUUCGUAUUUACCUUAAUUGUGUCGUGUGAUAAUGUUGAAAAUUAGCCUCUAAUAAUUUUAUUAAUAGAGAAUGAGGCUUUUAAAUAGGCACCGUACAUGUAUAAAUAAAUUCGGU